GGCGACUCUCACAUGGGCCGGCCGCGCCCCGCGCCCGAGUGCCGCUGCGGAGCCCGAGCCCGAGGGAUGCGCGCGGGGGGCGCGGCGCGGUGAGGCCCGGCGGGGCGAUGCGGCUGCUGGACGGCUGGGUGCGGCUGCUGGCGGCGCUGGCGCUCCCCGCGCCCGGCGCGCAGUGGCUGGAUGGGUCCCUUGGAAACAGCACCUCAGACGGGGCAGUUCUGCCCUUCCAGGAGGUUUGGGGCCGCAGCUUUUGUCGGCCUUUGGAGAAAUUGGUGGACAUUGUGACCGAGUACCCCAGUGAGGUGGAGCACCUGUUCAGCCCCUCCUGUGUCUCUCUGCGACGCUGCACCGGCUGCUGUGGGGAUGAGAGGCUCCAGUGUGUCCCCGUGGAGAUGGCCAAUGUCACUAUGCAGCUCCUGAGGAUGAAGCCGGAAGGGCAAGUACCCUAUGUGGAGCUGUCCUUUAUUGAGCACCGGCAGUGCGCUUGCAGGCCUCGAGGGGACACAUUAAAGUCAGGAAGCCCCUCUUUUUCCCUUCUCUUUUUACAGGAGGAGACGCAAGGGCAGAGGUAAAAAAAGACAAGAAAAGAAGAGAUCUAAAGACUGUGACCUAUGCACUAUUCCACGCAGGUAGCCACCUCAGCAGGAGAGGGGAGCACCACAGUGCCUGUAUUUAUUACCCAGCCCACUCUGGCCUUUGUGUGCGCCAGCUGCAUCCUUGACUAAACCUUGUGGGCCCACUGGUAACCUCGGAGCUGUGACCCUCCAAGCAGACAGGAAGCUGCAAGCGAGUGAUGAUGAGGAAGUGGCACUGCCUAGUCUUGCCGGUGAGGACAAGCCGGACUUUUGCUUGGCUACCUGCAGGGAAACAGCUCCAGGUGAAGAAGACAAGAUGAAGCCACUCACCAGCCCAGCUGCAGGGCCCUCCCAAGAGUCUCUGUAUUGUUAACAGCUCAGAUUAAAGGACUUUUGUUCUAGCCAAAAUCAGGAUCACAGCACAGUGAAGGAGCAGUGGGGCUGAGGCACACAGUUUUUGUCCCCUCCAUGGUGAAGGGAGGGGAGCACAGGGAUGGAGCUCAGCUGAGCCUGUAAAUGAAGCUUAGAUUCUGCAGUGCCAAGUCUGGGUCAGAGCUCGAGGAGGUACCUGUUCCAUGGGCUGCAGCAUUGGGACCAUUCCCUACUGCUGUCAACUGCAGGUGUCUGUGCUUUCAUCACAGAGCCUCCUGUCCCUGAGCUGCCAGCUAGGAAUAGGACUGCACAGUUGCAGAAACAUGAGCCUAGCUCAGGCCUCCAGUGCAACAUCCCCUGACACUGCUGUGGAAAAAGGCAACACUGGAGAAAAAACAGUAAGCAAAGAUGGGGGCUGGCCUGGAUCCUACCUCCCAUGGGGUGGGAGAAGGGAAGCACAGGCUUGGGAGCCCCAGGCCACCUCAGCACCCUGUAUGCAGCACAGUCCCUAGGGCUCUCACCUGGCUGCAGCACAGCACCAUCCAAUCCUAUGCCCCUCUGAAAUAAAGCUGCUGUAAACUCCAGGAGCCAGCUGUGCAAACAA